AUGGCGUCGCAGUCGAACGAUCCAAGGCAACCAUCGGCGGCGCGUCCGUACAAGCCGCCGGUCGUAGCCCCGCAAGACCUCCCCGUAGAUUACUCCGGAUUCAUCGCUGUCGUAUUCGGUGUUUUUGGUGCCAUGUUCCGGUACAAGCUGUGCUCGUGGCUCGCUAUUAUAUUCUGUGCACAAUCGCUUGCUAACAUGAGGAAUGUUGAGAAUGACCUCAAGCAAAUCUCUAUGGCCAUGAUGUUCGGCAUUAUGGGAUUGGUGACAAACUACAUGGGCUUAGGACCUCGGGCAAGCCCAAAAAAAUUUUAUGAUAGUUUUGAUUUCCAUUCCGAAGUAGUUGGAGAUAUUGGUCAUAUUGCGGAGGCAGGUUGGAUGUUUCUUAUGGAUAUUCAUCUAUACUAUUGA